AUGAGACAUUUAUUACUUUUUAUCACAGUCAUUUACAGUAUUCCUUUAACUGCAGCGGCAUCAUGCACUGCAGAGAAAGCCUUCACAAGAAAAGAAUGGAGAGAGCUGGAAGAUACUGAGCGGAUAGAUUAUAUCAAUGCCAUAUGGUGUCUACGCCAUCUCCCUUCUACCCUGCCUAAUGAGGAGUUCCCUGGGGCCAGGGACCGAUGGGAUGAUUUUGUUGUGUCUCAUCUUAACUAUACAAACCAAAUCCAUUUCAAUGGCCUCCUCCUUCCGUGGCAUCGCCAUUUUCUCUUUCUCUGGGAAACUGCAUUACGCCAGGAAUGUGGAUACAAAGGCAGCGUACCAUAUUGGAACUGGGCGUUCGAUGCAGACAAUUUGUUUGCAAGUCCAGUUUUCGACGGUAGUCCUACUUCACUCUCUGGCAAUGGCGCGUACGAUCCGAACGAGCAACCCCCUUGCGGUCCCUCGGGCGUAUGUCUUCCUCGAGGGACCGGAGGGGGUUGUGUCCAGUCUGGACCGUUUAAAAACUUUCAGGUGCACCUAGGGCCGUUUAACGCCAGUCUUGCACAGUCAUACGCCCCAAUUCCUGCCAACGCUUUUGACUAUAAGCCGCGUUGCUUAACGCGAAGUUUCAAUCCAUACUUUAUAUCUAAUUACAAUAACCAGAGUACGAUUGACAAAAUGCUGGCAGCCCGGAAUAUGGUUGAAUUCCUCUCAGUCAUGUCGCCUAGUGAUCCUAAUAUAAUCGCGGCCCAUGGUGCAGGGCACCGUACUGUAGGAGGCGUAAUGAGUGAUCUAUUCGUCUCGCCGCAGGAUCCUUCGUUUAUGCUGCACCAUGCUAUGAUCGACAGACUAUGGGCUCAAUGGCAAGACCAGGAUCCUGUCAAUCGGCGAAACGCGUUGAAUGGUACCACCAUUAUCUUUGAUCCGCCAGACGCGCCUCUGGUAACGCUUGACACUCCUGUUGAGUUUGGGGAGUUAGCCCAUUCAAGAGAGGUCCAGAAAAUCAUGGAUCCAACGAAGCACGGUUAUUGCUAUGUAUAUACUUGA